AUGAGAAUCAGAAAAGCGUUCCACAAGUCUGAAUCUAAGAAGGAAUUCAGUGUAGUGACCAACCUCUCCACCAUGGCUGUCUGUGCCACCACCCCAGUCCUCCCUACCGCUGUUGCCUCACAGGACCUCAAGCCACACCAAGUGGUCGUCCCACAAGUUCAGGUGACGGAGGUUAAAGUCCCAGACUGUUAUGAGGAUCCUGAGGACACCCUCAGCCGCCUUCCCCCACCACCACCUCCCCCCGUCCUGCCCUCAGAAGAGGUUUCAUCUUCCUCCCCCUCAAAGUCCCCCAAGAAGCAGCCUGCUCGGUCAGCUUCUGCCAACACUGCCUCUAGCACCUCUCCUCCUUCAUCACCACCAUCAUCCCCACCAGCAACUUCCACCAAGCCUUCCACCUCACCCACCACCCCUGCCACAACAACCUCACCCAGCAAGGAUGAGUCACAGAAGGAGGCCUCAGUUGGGGAAACAAAGGCCAAUGGAGCAGCAAAGACCACAUCUCCCACCAAGGUGCCCUUCAGUACAUUUGGGAAUUUACUGCCAUCUGAUCCUUGUGUUUUAUUGUCUGUUGGAUGCAGCAGUGCUGGGGCUGCCCUGACUAUGCCAGAGAAGGGUGGAGGAAUAGAAAGUUGCCAGUUGAGAAUCAGCUCUUCCCGUCCUGCUCUAUGUCAGAACCAGGACAAAUCAGCAAAUGCCAAGUCACAUCUGGAGGAACCUGAGGCUGGGAUCAGCAUCCCUCCCUCCCUUGUCCCCCUACCCCUGGUCAAACCAAAAUCUUUGGUCUGUUGA